AUGGCCACACCAAUGUCUAGUCGCAGUGCGGCCUCGGGCCUCGGGCCCGGGACGCCGCUGUCGCCCGCACGCAUCUCGCGGCUGCAGGAGAAAGAGGAGCUGCGAGAGCUCAACGACCGCCUGGCGCAUUACAUCGACCGCGUGCGCGCGCUGGAGCUCGAGAACGACCGGCUACUGUUGCAGGUGUCGGAGAAGGAGGAGGUCACCACGCGAGAGGUAAGCGGAAUCAAGGUUCUCUAUGAGUCCGAGUUGGCCGAUGCCCGGAGAGUCCUGGAUGAGACUGCUAGGGAAAGAGCCAAGCUUCAGAUUGAAAUAGGAAAAUUAAGAGCUGAACUUGACGAGGUCAAUAAAAACUGUAAGAAGAAGGAUGGAGACCUGUCUGUUGCCCAGGGCCGUGUAAAGGACCUUGAGUCCUUGUUCCAUCGGAGUGAGGCUGAGCUUUCAGCUGCUCUGAGUGAUAAACGGAAUCUGGAAAAUGAUGUUGCUGAACUCCGGGCCCAACUUGCUAAGGCAGAAGAUGGUCAUGCUGUGGCGAAAAAGCAGUUGGAAAAGGAGACGCUAAUGCGGGUAGACUUGGAGAAUCGCUACCAGAGUUUGCAGGAAGAGCUCGACUUCCGGAAGAACAUAUUUGAAGAGGAAGUACGAGAGACUCGGAAAAGCCAUGAGCGCCGUUUGGUAGAGGUUGAUAGCAGCCGUCAGCAGGAAUAUGAAUUCAAGAUGGCACAGGCCUUGGAAGACCUUCGUAAUCAGCAUGAUGAGCAAGUGAGGCUCUACAAGUUGGAGCUGGAACAGACAUACCAGGCCAAGCUGGAGAAUGCCAAACUGUGCUCUGACCAAAAUGACAAAGCAGCCAGCGCAGCUCGGGAGGAGCUGAAGGAAGCCAGAAUGAGAGUAGAGUCUCUCAGCUAUCAGCUCUCUAGCCUCCAGAAACAGGCCAGUGCAGCAGAAGAUCGAAUCCGUGAACUGGAGGAGAUAUUGGGUGGGGAGCGGGAGAAGUUCCGCAAGAUGCUGGAUGCCAAGGAACGGGAAAUGACUGAGAUGAGGGACCAGAUGCAGCAGCAGCUGACUGAGUACCAGGAAUUGCUUGAUGUCAAGCUUGCCUUAGACAUGGAAAUCAAUGCCUAUCGGAAACUCUUGGAAGGGGAGGAGGAGAGACUGAAACUGUCCCCCAGCCCAUCUUCCCGAGUCACCGUGUCCAAAGCUACUUCAAGCAGCAGCAGCAGCAGCACAUCUGCCAUCCGCUCUUCUCGGAGCAAGAGAAAGCGAGUAGAGCUGGAGGAGCAUUCGGGCAGUGGCACCAGUGGCAUUGGCACUGGCAGUAGUGCCAGCAGUGCCAGCAGUAGCAGCUUCCAGCUGUCCCAGCAAGCCUCUGCCACAGGGAGCAUCAGCAUAGAGGAGAUUGAUUUGGAGGGGAAAUUUGUACAGCUCAAGAACAGCUCCGAUAAAGAUCAGUCUCUGGGUAACUGGAGACUAAAGAGACAGAUUGGAGAUGGUGAGGAAAUUGCCUAUAAAUUUACUCCCAAGUAUGUUCUUCGGGCUGGACAAACUGUCACGAUCUGGGCAGCAGAUGCGGGUGUGACUCAUAGCCCACCAUCUGUUCUUGUGUGGAAGAAUCAGAGCAGCUGGGGCACUGGAGGAAAUUUCCGGACAUACCUGGUCAAUGCAGAUGGAGAGGAAGUGGCAGUGAGAACGGUGACUCAGUCACUGGUUGUGCAGGAGAAUGGAGAGGAGGAGGAAGAGGAAGAAGCAGAUUUUGGUGAAGAAGAUCUUUUCCACCAACAGGGAGACCCCCGGACGACCUCCAGAGGCUGUUCAGUGAUGUGA